AUGGACGCUUCUGUCUACAACCACAGCCAGCUGGCUCUAUUCGGCACUAACAACGCCGACUUCACCACCGACAACCUCUCCGACCCCGAGGUCAAUAUUACCAGGUCGAUCUCCAGGCUGACAUCGCCCCUAGCGGUCACGGUGGCCGUUCUGUUGGUGUUCCUUUUCUCACCUAUGAUCCUCAUCGGGAACUCGCUAGUGCUAGUAGCCAUGUAUCGUUUUAAGAGGCUGAGGACGCCUAGUAACUACUUAGUGAUGUCCCUGGCCACCUCGGACUUGGGGAUAGGUAUGUUCAUGCCGGUGGGGAUGUACCUAGAACUCGGUGGUGCUCAAAACUUUACCAGUGUGCGCGUUUGUUUGUUCAGCUACGGAGUGGCGAUUUCGCUAUGUUGUGUGUCCGUGUUGGUGAUGGUGGCUAUAGCGGUCGAUCGGUUCACUUCCCUGGCCAGACCGUUGAGGUAUAAUAAUUUGAUAACCCAUUCGGCGGUGGAGAGGUACAUAGUGGUGUUCUGGGCUUACUCGUCUCUGGUUGGUUUUACGCCGUUGGGGUAUGCAUUUUUUAAUGAAAUUGAAUAUAGCACGGGCGACUGCUCCUUUGGCGACCUGGUGGCGAAGCCUGUACAACUAUUCAUGUUCUGCGCCGUAUACGGACCCAGCGCCUUGAUCUUGGUGGUCUGCUACGGUUACAUCUACCUGGUGGCGCGAGGCCACGCGCGUGCUAUUCGCUCCGAAGUGCGACACUCCCACACGCUGCAGCACUCGCCGCCGACCGGUGGCGGCGGCGCGUCUGCUGGGGGACCCCCUAGGUACGGCCUGGCGCUGGCUAUUACGGCGGGAUUGUUUCUGGGCCUCUGGCUGCCCUUCCAGGGAAUGACCCUACAUCCAUGA